AUGCACGUUGAGCCGUACAUCAGUCAGGAGCCGUACUCGGGGCUGAGAGUGGUCGUGCAGCUGAAGCACUUGUACGCCUCGCAGAUCCUCACCAUCUUCAUCCCAACAACCGUCAUCAACCUCAUCACGUACGCCACUUUCUUCUUCAAGUGGUACGACUUCAAUAACUGCGUGAUGGUUUCCCUGACAACUCUCCUGGUCCUCAUGACUCUCUUCUCUCAGGUCUCCGACGCUCUCCCAAAGACUUCGUACUUCAAGCUGGUUGAUAUCUGGUUCUUCACAUCCAUCCUAUUCACCUUCAUCAUUAUCGUGUGCCAUACAAUAGUCGAGUACCACCACAAGUACGACCAUGAGAUCGAAGCCGAGGAGAGAGAGCGACUCUUCCUCAGGAUGAACCUUCAUCAACGAAGAGGAGGAGGACGAGAGGAAACAUUACGAGUCCGCGCCUGA